AUGGAUAAAGGACAACCUGAGACCAUUCCCAGCCCACCGAGAGUGAACACCAGGAGGAAGACAGACGAAUACUUAAAGCCUAGCCAAGGCACCAAAAAUGUGCUGAGCUUUUUACUGGGCAGACAGCUGGGGAGGCAAAAGAGUGAUUCAGAUCUGUCCAAGUGGCUGUGGAUGCUGACACGAGCCACGCCAGGGUGGAAGUGGCCUUUACCCAAACACCACAUUACUUACAUGCUUAUGCCUACCCCAAAUCCUGGGAAGCCCUCCAGAAAGAGUGGGAAAUAA